AUGCCUCCUCGUCGGAGGCCCCAGGCCGCUGCUGAAAACCAGCCGGGCUCUGCGCGCCCUUCUGAGGUACGAGAUGGUAUAUCUGUGGUGACUCGAAAGCGAGCCUCCCAGUCGAAGCCGUCUGCCCAGCCCGCGCCCCCGACGCAGGCAGCGCCGCCGCACGCCGACCAGCAGGUGCCCGUGCCCGGGCCAUCGUAUCGUCCGCGAGAUCCGUUCGAUGCGCUCCUGGAGCCGUUCUACUACAAUAAGUCGUUGACGGACCCAAUCGACACCGCCAAGGACAAAUGGAACCUUCUUCCCGCCUUCCUGAAGGUCAAGGGCCUGGUCAAACAGCACAUCGACUCGUUCAAUUACCUGGUGGAGGUGCAGCUGAAGAAGAUCGUCGAGUCGAGCAACAUCAUCCGCAGCGAUGUCGACCACAACUUUUACAUCAAGUUCACGGAUAUCUACAUCGGCGCUCCGCGCCGCACGGAUGAACAGCAGGAUGCGACGGGGUUCGAACACCAGUCCACCAUCACGCCGAAUGAAUGCCGGCUCCGCGACACGACGUAUGCCGCUCCGAUCCAGGUCGACUUUGAGUAUGUUCGUGGCCGCCAGCGCGUUCUCAGGAAGGGUAUGGCUAUCGGUCGGAUGCCCGUCAUGCUUCGCAGCUCCAAGUGUGUCUUGGCGAACAAGACCCCUAGCGAGAUGAGCGUGUUGGACGAGUGUCCCCUGGACCCCGGCGGCUACUUUAUCGUCAAUGGAACUGAGAAGGUCAUCCUGGUCCAGGAGCAGUUGAGCAAGAACAGAAUCAUUGUCGAGACAGAUCCAAAGAAGGAGAUCGUGCAGGCCUCCGUGACCAGUUCUUCCAACGAGCGCAAGUCGAAGAGUUACAUCGUCUUGAAAAAAGAUAAGCUGUACGUGAAACACAACGUUCUGAGCGAGGAUAUUCCCAUCGUCAUUCUAUUGAAGGCUAUGGGCAUCCACACCGACAAGGAAAUGCUCCUUCUCGUGGCCGGUUUGGAUAAACUGUACCAGGAGGAUUUCGCCAUCAACUUUGAGGAAGCAAUCAACCUCGGUAUCUUCACACAACAACAAGCGCUUGACUGGAUCGGGUCUCGAAUCAAGAUCAACCGCAGCAAACAAGGGGCCUACCGCCGGACCCAUGUGCAAGAGGCAGUGGAGGCCAUCGCUACCGUUAUCAUCUCACACAUUGAAGUCAAAGACAUGAACUUCAGGCCAAAGGCGAUCUAUGUUGCCCACAUGGCUCGCCGUGUUUUGAUGGCGAAGAACGACCCGACCCUGGUGGACGACCGCGACUACCUCGGAAACAAGCGACUGGAAUUGGCAGGCCAGCUUUUGGCGCUGUUGUUCGAAGAUCUUUUCAAGAAGUUCUGCUUCGAUACCAAGAUGAAUAUCGAUAAGGUGUUGAACAAACGUAACCGCGCCGAGGCCUUUGACGCCUGGAGUGUCAUGAGCAUGCAUGGCAAUCAUAUCACGCAGGGUAUGAAUCGGGCAAUUUCCACUGGUAACUGGAGUUUGAAGCGUUUUCGCAUGGAACGUGCGGGUGUGACACACGUCCUCAGUCGGUUGAGUUACAUUGCGGCAUUGGGUAUGAUGACGCGUAUCAGUUCCCAGUUUGAAAAGACCAGGAAGGUCAGCGGUCCCAGAGCGCUGCAGCCCUCGCAGUUCGGCAUGCUUUGUCCAGCAGAUACCCCUGAAGGAGAGGCGUGCGGGUUGGUUAAGAACUUGGCUCUGAUGACACAUAUUACCACCAACGACGAGGAAGGACCGGUGCGAAACUUGAUCUUCAUUCUCGGCGCCGAGGACAUUGCUACCGUCGGUGGCAAGGAGCUUUACGGUCGUGGUUGUUAUACCAUCUCCAUCAACGGUACGCCCACUGCGCUGACAAGACGCCCGAAAUACUUCCUCAACGCCUUCCGACGAUUGCGCCGUAUGGGGAGGAUUUCCGAGUUUGUGAGCAUCUAUAUCAACCAUCACCAGUGCGCCGUUCACAUCGCCACCGAUGAUGGCCGCAUCUGCCGACCGCUCAUUGUAGUGGAAAACGGCAAAUCCCGGGUGAGCGUCCAGCACUUGAGCAAGCUGCGCGAUGGUACGAUGCAGUUCGAUGACUUCCUCGCCCAGGGCUUGGUCGAGUACCUGGAUGUGAAUGAAGAGAACGACUCGCUUAUUGCGGUCUACGAGAAGGACAUCGGUGACACAACUACCCAUCUAGAGAUCGAGCCCUUCACGGUGUUGGGAGCAGUGGCGGGUCUCAUCCCGUACCCUCACCACAACCAAUCGCCCCGAAAUACAUACCAGUGUGCUAUGGGUAAACAAGCCAUUGGAGCCAUUGCCUCGAAUCAGUUCCUUCGGAUCGACUCCAUCCUGUACCUCAUGGUGUACCCACAGAAGCCUAUGGUGAAGUCCCGCACGAUUGAGCUGACAAGGUACGAUCAGCUCCCCGCUGGCCAGAACGCAAUGGUGGCGGUCAUGAGUUACUCUGGAUACGAUAUUGAGGACGCUCUUGUGUUGAACAAGGGGUCCGUGGACCGUGGUUUCGGGCGAUGCCAGGUCUUCCGGAAACAGGUGGCGAUCCUCAAGAGCUACUCAAACGGCACCAGAGACGCUCUCUCGCCGCCCGAGUAUGAGAACGACGCCCCGAUCCGAAAGCACGCGCUACUGGAGCCCGAUGGUCUGGCUGCCGUCGGGGAACAAGUCAACGCAGGGGAAGUCUACAUCAACAAAUCAACCCCGAAGCAGUCACUCUCCUCCGGGAUCACAGGCUCGGAUGUGGGCCGACCGAUCGAGUACGCGCCGACACCGAUGACGUAUAAGCUGCACGACCCGGCUUACAUCGACAAAGUCAUGCGCUCGGAGACCGAGGGUGGCAACCAGAUCGUCAAGGUGCUCACGCGACAGACCCGUCGGCCGGAGGUGGGCGACAAAUUCUCCUCGCGCCACGGGCAGAAGGGCGUGGUGGGGAUCAUCGCGGACCAGGCGGACAUGCCGUUCACGGACGCGGGGAUCAACCCGGACAUCAUCAUGAACCCGCACGGUUUCCCGUCGCGCAUGACGGUCGGCAAGAUGCUGGAGCUGGUUGCGGGCAAGGCGGGCGUGCUCUCCGGGCAGCACGGGUACGGGACGUGCUUUGGCGGCAGCCCUGUGGAGGAGAUGUCGCAGAUCCUGAUUGACCACGGGUUCAGCUACGGCGGCAAGGACUACCUCACCUCCGGAAUCACGGGCGAGGCGCUACCCUUCUACGUCUUCACGGGGCCGAUCUACUACCAGAAACUCAAACACAUGGUUCAGGACAAGAUGCACUCGCGCGCACGCGGGCCGCGCGCCAUCCUCACCCGCCAGCCGACAGAGGGUCGGUCGCGCGACGGUGGCCUCCGGCUCGGCGAGAUGGAGCGCGACUGCCUGAUCGCCUACGGGACCAGCCAGCUGCUCCUCGAGCGCCUGAUGAUCUCGUCCGACACCCACGACGUCGAGAUCUGCGAGCACUGCGGCUUCAUGGGCUACCUCAACUGGUGCCAGCGGUGCAAGUCCUCGCGCAGCGUCGUCAAGAUGGCCAUCCCUUACGCCGCAAAACUGCUCAUCCAGGAACUCAUGAGCAUGAACGUCACCGCCAGGCUGAAGCUGGAGGACGAAUUCCCUGAAACAAAGGGGCGGUAA